ACAAGGGGAAGCCUAGUGGGUCUGGCGCUCCGUUUUCAAGACACUCAGAGUCCGUCUUUGUCUGAGGGGAAAGGUCAUGGCCCUGAAACCACCUUCUACCACCCAGCCUGCUCCCAACGCGCCAGCUACUCCAGGCCCUCCCACCACAGGUGAUCCAGGUGCUUCAGCUGCCCCAGGUUCUCCCACUACCACAGGUGGUCCAGGUGCCCCAGCUGAGGUGCCCCAAGAGCCGCAAGAGCCUACACAGACACCAGAGGAACCAGCAUUUUAUGCCCCAAACUACCUAUGUUUGACCAUCUUUGCUAUACUUGUAUUCCCUCCAUUUGGAUUGGCAGCUUUGUACUUCUCUUACCAGACUAUGAAGGCCAACCAGAACAGCGAAUGGGAAGAGGCUUACAUCAACUCAGGCCGAACUGGUUGGUUCGGUGCAUUCGCGGUAAUGAUCGGCUUAGGCAUCACUUAUGGCUUGGUCUUAUAUUAAUGAAGUCUAUGCAUAGCAACCCAGGGGUCCGCUCCCCAACCGAGCCACUCACCAAACACUAACCAGCCAAGUCAGCCAUCAGGCAAGAAAUUCAGCCGCUGAGACAUCUAGCCAAGAAAUCCUCCAACCAAGGAACUCAACAUUCAAGAAACCCACCAACCCAGGAACACCCAGACCACCUUCCUGUGCUACUUCAACUCACUCAGCUCCAGAGCUGUCUUCCUCCACCCUAGGGGUCCACACUUCAUGCCCUAGAUCCCUUUAGCUCCUUGACACUGGGCUGUUCUUUCAGAGGGAUCUUUAAACCAAAAAACUGGAA